CCGUACCCAACUGGGUACGAUUUUUCCGUAGAACAGUGGUACGACUACCAUACAUGUACAUGCACCCUCUGGGUUUUCCGCAUCUGAUUCGCAACGCAGCAGCUUGUUCUUCUAAGUUCAGCUCUUCUUUCUACCUGAAGAUUAUUGUAGACUGAUAUGAGUGUGUGUGUGCUUACGAGAGUCAGCUUGCCAUUUAUUUAUCGUGUUCUAUUAUUUUUCCAUGCCGCUUAAGCUUAAGUCCAGCGACUACUGUCCUUUAAUGUCAUCUCUUGGCCUGAAUAUGAUGUCGGAAUCGGAAGGACGUGGGUCUGUAUGGAGUGGACAGGAGACUCUUGCAUUGUUGAAUAUGUGGGUGGGAAAAGACAUUCAAAAGGGUAGUGGUGUUGGCUGCCGUAAUAAAAACACCUAUAAGGAACUGGCGGCACGGAUGGCGGAUAAGGGGUUCUAUCACCGUCCCUGGGACAGGGUUCGGGACAAAAUUAACAGGUUGAAAACCGACUACAGAAAAAUUAAGGAAAGGGAACUCAAGUCGGGAGAAGAUUCGGAAGAGAGUGUAAUGAAGCCAGUUUGGUUCGACACAAUGGAUAUGGUGCUGGGCUCAAGACCGCGACCCGUGGCCACAUCAGGACCUACCGGUAGUUUUGUGCUGGACAGUGGAGCCAGCAGCUGGGAUUCACUUUCUUCAUUGGCUGGCCUUGCUCGAGAUGAGGUGGAGCCUGGGGGUCGUACACAACAUGCUGAUGAAGAAGAGUUUGAUGCUGAGUCUAUGGAUACUAAACCUGAUGCCGUCCCUCUGCGGACGGUGCCUGGUGCCCGGCCUCUGCAGACUGCACCUGGUGCUGAGCUCAGGAAUGAGCCUGCAUCUCAUAUAACACAGAUCGGUAAAGAACCAGCAAAUAGAAAUGGGGUACCAACAGAUACAAAAAAGAUGGUUGGGAUCUCACUCCUCAAUACAAGUGGAACACCUAAUCAUCCGUUUCACCAAUUUUCAUCCAAUGAGGAAUUUGAUGACAUUGAUAGUAGUCAAGGGAUACGGAUUCAUACAGUGACUGGAGCAGGGUGGAUUUCUGAUGAAGAUGAAAUUGAUUGUGAAGAACCAAGGGCCAAACUCAGAUGCAAAGUUGAUUUGCGUCAUCACCCAAGCAAUCCAAAGCGAGAAAGGACACUAAGGAACACUAAGAAGGAUGAGACAGUAAAAGACCUUGUGAAGACGCUCACAGAGAACAAUACGCAGCGAGAUAAAGUGUUGAUGGAUGCUGAAGAUGCUCAAAGGAGAAUAGAGGCAGAGAGACACGCUGAAGAGAUUAAACUUCUGCGGGACCAGAUACAGCUAGAACGGGAAAGAUUACAAUUUGAGAGGGAAAGAUUACAGUUUGAGCGGGAGGAGAGGGAGAGGAUGGAGCUCAUUAGAAGAGAAGAGGUGGCAAGAAGUGAAAAACUUCGGAGGGAAGAAAUGGAUAGAACAGAAAAGGCACGUCUAGAUGAGAGAGAUCGAGAAGAGCGGCGCUUUGGGUUGAUGAUGGCUUUGAUUAAGGGCGCACAGAAUCACAGCAAGUAGCUCUUGUGAGCAUAGACAUCAGUCUUCUGAUCUGCUGAUCCACAAUUCCAAAUACUGUCAUCAAGAGUCGUGAUGAUGUGUCUGGAGUCUCUGAAGAUAUAUGCAGAAAGCUAGAAACAUUUGGUUGAAUUUACAAGGAUACAAUUACUUGGUUUGGAGACAGCCGAAAAAAAUAAUAUUCCCUUUCUUUGGAGCUCUUUGAUAUUAAAUGUGAGAUGACAUCGCAACUCUUCUCUUUCUUCUCAGUACCUAAGCUAAAUAGAUCUGCGAUCUGAUGUAUUCCUUAGAUGGCCCAGUUUUAUUCUCAGGAUUUGAAAUUGUACUCAUGUGUCUACCAACAUUCAUCAUUUUUUUAAAACAUGUGCUAGUGAAAUUAGUGUCAAGUAUUAAAGGCACACUGUCCUACUUGUAGCUACUUGCUCCCUCUAUAUAGAAAACUUCCCCAAUCGGUGCCUGUUGGUCCCCCAUGAUCCUCUUUUUCUUAUGUUAAAUGAGAGCUGAGUUAAUGAGAUAGCCACCUGUCACAGUGACCUCGCUGGCUCGCUGGGUGGUCUAAUCCCUUCUAGCUGAAGUAGUAAAGCCUGCCUUUAAACUAUCUUGGGGAAACGUUUCGAAGGACAGUCGAAGGAUAUUUGCAUGAACAUGCCAAAUUAUCAUUAUGCAUAAAUUCACAAAAGGCCCAAAAUUAUUUGUUUUAUGUUUAACCAGCUGGCUGGUCUUGUAAGUAUAAUGCAAUACAAUUUUUUCCCAAUUUGUUCACCUUCUCAGCCUUUUAACCUUGUCAACUAAUACAUUUUUGAUAAUCCAUUUUGUAGUAAAAAAAAUCACCUUGUCUAUUUAUAUUUUAGCAAUGAGGAAUUGUGAGUUUGUACAGUAUUCUUGGGCCAAUACAUUGCCAUUUCUUGAAAUUUAAAGGAAACCAAUGUAGAUG